AUGAAAAUCUCGGCCUUAUUACUUUUCCUUUCACUACUUCAACAAUGCCACUCAGCUAAACAUAUUGGAUUAUUCGGUUUGGAUAUCGGAGAGGAAUUUCAUGGUCAAGAAGUGAUCGAUAAACCGUGGAAUGUCACGUGCACGAUUCCAAUCUGUGAGGGCCCUCUAGCCGGGAUUUAUUGCUCGGGCCCAAUCAUCGAAUCAACAUGGCGUUUCGGUCUUCAAGAGUAUUGCCCGGGCCCGGUGCUAAAAUACGAACCCGAACAAGUCCUCGCCAAUUUUAAUGCAUUAUCAUUCCCAAUGAAGAAAGAAACUUUCGCCAAAUUCUGCGACGACAAUUUUGACAAAAAGCAAUAUUUGGAGUUGACAAGUUUGCCCGAUUACGUCGAGAAUGCAACCUUUUUGCCGAGAAUUCGAGAUCCGGAGAUGAGAACUUUUGCUAAAUUGGUGCACACGCGAUGGUCAACGCUGGCUAGACGAUUCGUCCCGGAUAUGAGACACUUGACCACCCGGCUACCCGUGCUCGUCGUCCCAAAUCCAUUCAUUGUCCCCGGUGGCUUCUUUCAAGUUUACUUCUACUGGGACUCGUAUUGGAUCAUAAAAGGCCUCUUGGUCUCCAAUAUGACGUUAACUGUCAAGGGGAUGUUGAUGAAUUUUGGCUUUAUCAUUGAUAAUCACGGCUUCAUACCGAACUCCGGGAAUAUCCAAUUAUCCCGAAGAAGCCAACCGCCACUUUUCGUGCAAAUGUUAGCCGAUUAUUUCUAUGCGACGAAAGACACCGAAUUUCUGCAAACGAUGAUGCCGACGGUGGAGAAAGAAAUGCAAUUCUGGAGGAAGAAUAGGACGGUGAAUGUAUUGGAUAAAAAUGGACGGAAUAGGACAAUGUUUCAAUAUCGGGUGAUCACGAAUUGCCCUCGACCCGAAAAUUUUCUGGUCGAUGUCGAGAAUGGUAUCAAUGGAAGCUACGAUCCACAAGAGAUCUGGAGCAGCACCGCUUCAGCUUGUGAGAGCGGAUGGGAUUUCAGCUCUCGAUGGUUUGAUCACAAUGGAUCGAAAGCUUGCGGAGUGCCAAGUACCCUCAAAGUCUCAUCCACUCAACAAUGGGAUUUCCCGAAUGUUUGGGCACCAAAUGUGCACUUAUUUGUCGAGUGUUUACUUAAUUCGGGUGACCUCUGGCUAGUGAAACAGGCUCGGGAUCUAGCCAAACGCUUCGUGAUCACCGUCAAAAAUGGACUCGUCAAUCCAAAGGCAAAUGUGACGGCGACAAUCUGGGAGAAAUACGAUGCCCGUUUCUCGGAUGGAACAAGGGGAGAAGGCGGAGAGUACUAUGUACAGGAAGGUUUCGGUUGGACAAACGGCGUGAUGCUCGAUUUAAUUAAUAAACUCUUCAUCAAUUCAACACUGGACGAAAAAGAACAAUCGAGUUCCGAGAUUUUUGAAGAAAUGAGAAUGAUGGAGUUUUUCCGUGACGGUUUCCACACUUGGAUCAUUCUCGGAGUGCUUGUCUUUUUGAUGCUCAUCAUCUUUUGGUUCCUCAUCUAUGGCAUAAUCUCCUCAAAACUGUGUUCUUUGGGGAGUCGCCCCACCCGUGAUCGAGCCUCAAGUCAACGGCUACUCGACGAGGAUCUCGAGGAUUUUGAG